GAAAAAAAUACAAAAUAGUAAAGAACACCCAAUCAUCUAUAAUUGCUUAGCGGGGGAGGAGAUGGCCUGGCCUCAUCAAUAGAGAGUAUAAUUGAAGGGCCCUUUUUCUCUCUAGUCUUUCCGCCUCUGGAAUUGUAUUCAUCAAAUCUUCUGCAAGAAUUCAGUAUUGGUAGAAAUGGAUGUCAGGGUUCCCUUCUUUCUUUUUCUUCUGAGCAAUUGCUGGGGCGCUAAUGCUAGAGAAUUGGUAACCACUAAUCUCUUCCGCAGUCGAAGUGGCAUUGCUUCAGAUUUUCAACUUAAUGGCCAGCGGCCAAACAAAGAAGUUCAAACUGCAGAUGGAUUUGAUCAGAAUGACCAAGUUUGCAUGUUAUGUGAAGAGUUUGCGGUUGAGGCAGUUAAUUACUUUGCUAACAACAAAACUCAAACAGAAAUCCUGGAGAUCCUUUAUAAGACAUGCUCUAAGAUGCAUACUUUCAAGCAGCAGUGCACCUCAUUGGUGGAUUAUUAUGCCCCUCUCUUCUUCUUAGAGAUUUCAUCAGUACAACCCAAGGAGUUCUGCCAAAAGGUUGAUCUUUGUGAAGACAUUGUUUCAAUCUCGCAGUCUCUCUCUGAGAAUAGCUGUGAAUUGUGCCAUACUGUUGUGUCAGAGGCCAUAACAAAAUUGAAAGAUCCAGACACUCAGUUAGAAAUAGUUGAGGUGCUUCUGAAGGCAUGCGAUGCCGUACAGGGUCAUGUGAACAAGUGCAAGAGAAUGGUCUUUGAAUAUGUACCUGUGAUCCUUGUAAACGCUGAGCAGUUUCUGGAAACAAAGGACAUAUGCACCAUGCUACAUGCUUGUGAAUCGGCUGCUCCGACAGCGCAAGUAUUGUCGUCCACCUCCGAAACAUCCCUGCGUGCGGCAUCGUAAAGGCGAAUGAAUGGUUGGACUCUGUUGUAAAAUUAUAUGGACUCUUUUGUAAAUCGUGCAAACUGUAAAAGAUUCUCUCAUGUAUAAUGGAAAAAGAAAACUGAGGAAAUGCAUCAAACAGCUGCUUACCUUUACCUUUAUGUAAAGCAUUUUCUCGGGUGACAAUUUCAUUUUUUCAUUGGAUAUUAUUGACGACGCAGGGAUUUAUUUAAAU